AUGGCAUACUCUUCAGGCGAGCCCGCGUCCGGCUACCUCGACGACUCGACCAGCCAGAUCGAACUGCUCCUCGGUAGCGACGAUGACGGCACAGCGCUCGUUCGCCUAAAGGAACCCGGCAGGAGGCGAGCCUGGACGGCCCGGCGCUGUUACUGCUGCCUAAAGAACCUUCUUCGCGACCUGAUACUCCACCAGCGAAGGCGGUUUCGCUACCGAAACGCAUCUUGGACUCACACAAUCUGGCUGGUGUUCAGAGUUCUUAGCUUCUUUAUAGGCGGAUUCAUCCUUGUCUCGGCGGUGCAGGCAAUAUUUCACCCAUCCUAUCAGCGGCCCCCUGCACACUAUGCACAGCUGCAGAGAAGGAUUCUCGGGUCGUCAGAACCAGGGCGUGCAAAUCCGGGGAAGGAAAAGAUAUUCAUCGCUGCAAAUAUCAUCAGGGAAGACUUGAUACGCGGAGCUUGGGGUGAUUCGUUGCUGGAACUCAUCGCCUUGCUGGGGGAGGACAACGUUUUUGUCAGUAUAUACGAGAAUGACAGCGGCAGGGCGAGCAAGAGAAUUAACCCUAAAAACCUCCAAGGUAACUCGUCGGUUGUUGCCGGAGACCAUCUUCGAUUUUCUGACCUGCCUACGACCACAGCGCCUGGCGGCAAGCAGCGUAUCAAACGGAUCGCGUACCUGGCGGAAGUUCGAAACCGAGCGCUCAGGCCUCUAGAUGCAACUACAACCCAUCAUCCGCUGAAUAUGGAGACUGCCUCUCUCCAAUCAAGCGGGGCUGGAGUCUACAUAAACCCUUUCAUUCGGGUUGCAUACACCGAGAACACAUGGAUAUGGCUGAAUUUCUUCCGCAGAUAUGAACGAAUAUUUGCCAACCUCCAGUGGAUCGUGAGCAGAAUUGGUUAUCCCGAAUAUAAUCCUCGCAGGCUACAUAAGACUGGUCAAAUGGUCAGGGAGAAAGUAUGGGUUCAAGGCGACGACGAGAACCAAGCUGGUUCGUUCCAGAUGUUGGAACGGAAGGCAGCGGCCGGGGGUUUCUGCGGCCAAAGACGAAUGUUUGUCAUGAAAGAUGACAUCAACGAUGCCAACAAGAAAGGAGAAAGAAACUGGGAGAAGAUACCCGUUCCGUCCUAUUAG